UAAACUGAUCUGAGUCUCUGUGUUGUCUGUCUGUGUGAGAGUGAACAACCGUCCAAAUGGCUCAGCAGGGAGUUCUGCUGGACCAGGACCAGUUCUGUUGUUCUGUCUGUCUGGACCUACUGAAGGAACCAGUCACCAUCCCCUGUGGACACAGUUACUGUAGAAGCUGUAUUGAGGGCUGCUGGGAUCAGGAUGUUCUGAAAGGGGUCUAUAGCUGUCCUCAGUGCAGAGAGACUUUCACUCCAAGGCCUAAUCUGAGGAAAAAUAACAUGUUGGCUGAGGUGGUGGACAAACUGAAGAAGACAGGACUCCAGGCUGCUCCCCCUCCUGCUCUGUGCUAUGCUGGACCUGGAUAUGUGGCGUGUGAUUCCUGCACUGGGACCAGAAAGCAGAAAGCCCUCAUGUCCUGUCUGCCGUGUCUGGCCUCUUACUGUGAGACUCACCUCCAAUCUCACUAUGAAUCUCCUGCUUUGAAGAAGCACAAGCUGGUCAAAGCCACCACACAACUACAGGAGAAGAUCUGCUCUCAUCAUGACAAACUGCUGGAGGUUUACUGUCGUACCGAUCAGCAGUGUAUCUGUUAUCUGUGUACAAUGGAUGAACAUAAAGGCCAUGAUACUGUGUCAGCUUCAGCAGAGAGGACUGAGAAACAGAGGCAGCUGGGGAUGAGUCAGCAGAAGGUCCAGCAGAGAUUCCAGGAGAGAGAGAAGGAGCUGAAGGAGCUCCAACAGGCUGUGGAGUCUCUCAAGCGCUCUGCACAGGCAGCAGUGGAGGACAGUGAUCAGAUCUUUACUGAGCUGAUCCGCUCCAUUGAGAGAAGGAGCCCUGAGGUGAAGGAGCUGAUCAGAGCCCAAGAGAAGGCUCAAGUGAUGAGUCAAGCUGAAGGACUCCUGGAGCAACUGAAGCAGGAGAUAGCUGAGCUGAGGAAGAGAAGCACUGAGCUGGAGCAGCUCUCACACACAGAGGAUCACAUCCAUUUCCUCAGUUAUCAGUCUCUCUCCAGUAUCAGUGUAUCUUCAGACUUACCCAGCAUCGUUGUCCGUCCUCUUCAGUAUUUUGGAGAUGUGAGUAAGACUGUGUCUGAACUGAGAGAGAAACUAGAAGACUUCCUUAAAGGAGAAUGGACCAAGAUCUCCACUACAGUGAAUAUAGUGGAGGUUGUACUGCCUCCAGAGCCCAAGACCAGAGAAGAGUUGUUACAAUAUUCCUGUCAGCUCACACUGGACAAAAACACAGCAUACACACGUCUCUCUCUGUCUGAAGGAAACAGAAAGGUGACCUAUACAGGCCAAGUCCAACCAUAUCCUGAUCAUCCAGACAGAUUCACCAACUACAGGAUGGUUCUGUGUAGAGAAGGUCUCUCUAUACGCUGUUACUGGGAGGUGAAGUGGAGUGGUUAUGUUAUGAUAGCAGUCUCAUAUAAAGACAUCAGCAGAACAGAGACAGAUGGUGGAUUUGGAUUCAAUGACAAGUCCUGGAGUUUACAGUGUUUACAGUACUCUCUGGGUGGUUGUUGUUUCAGACACAAUAAUGUUGUGACUAAAGUAUCAGGCCCUCAGUCCUCCAGAGUAGGAGUGUACCUGGAUCACAAGGCAGGUACUCUGUCCUUCUACAGUGUCUCUGACACAAUGACCCUCCUCCACAGAGUCCAGACCACAUUCACUCAGCCCCUCUAUCCUGGGUUUUAUCUCAAUGGUACUGCUGAGCUGGUUAAACUGUAGUUGGGUCCACAUAGAUACUAGUCAUGCUGGUGUAGUCUAUAGCUGAGCUGGU